CGACGGGUGCAACAAUUAGGUUGUCCGGCUGUUGUGCUCUCUGCGUGUGCGGGUUUGUGUGUGAUCGAUGUCGGACGAAGACAGGCGAUGUGUGGAAGCAGCGCUUCCUAAUUUGAUGUCUCGUCCGCAAGGAAAACGACGCGUGAAGCCUAUUCCAGCUCAUCUACUUCAGUUGACGUUUGGCAUGGAGUCAGAUCCGGACGAUGACGACACAGAGUACACCUGUGUUGGGGAUGUUAUGGAUAAUUCAGUGUCAUCACCAGAAUCAAAUAGUCAAGAUGAGCUAGUCAUUAUAGACACUUCGUCCCCCAUUACACCUGUUCCAAUGAAAUUGGAUAGAAAAAACCCAAAUGCAUUGAAAGUAGAUCGAGGAAAAGAGCCAAGUGCGUUGAAAGCAAACAAGAAAGAUCCAAAUGUAUUGAAAGUAGACAGUAGAGAUCCAACAGUAUUGAAGGUGGAAAGAAAAGAUCCAACAGUAUUGAAAGUAGACAGAAAAGAUUCAACGGUAUUGAAAGCAGACAGAAAGGAACCAACUCUAGUGAAAUUAGACAGAAAAGAUCCAAUGGUAUUGAAAGUAGGUAGAAGAGCACCAACUGCAGUGAAAUUAGACAGAAAAGAGCCAACUGUACUGAAAGCAAGCAGGAAUAAGCCAACUGUAUUGAAGGUGGGUAGAAAAGAACCAACUGUAGUGAAAGGAAAUAGAAAAGAACCAACUGUAUUGACAGUGGAUAGAAAACAGCCAACUGCAGAGCAAAAAGUGCCAACUGUAUUGAAAGUGAAUAAAAAAGAACCAAUGGUAUUAAUGACAACAGGCAGAAAAGCGGCAACUGUAUUAGAAGUACGUAGGGAAAAUCAAACCGAAUCAAACUUUUAUAGGAAACAGCCAAGUGUAUUGGACAUAGAGAGGGAAGAGCAAACCAUAUCAAAGUUGUUUACAAAACCAACUGUAUCCAAAUUGGACGAGAAACAAUCAGCUGUACUGAGAUUAAGUAGACAAGAGUCACCAUUAUUGAACAAAGAUAGAAACCCGCAUGUAGUAAAAUUGGAUACAAAAGAGGCCUCCCCAAUGAAAGUGGAUAAGAAAGAACAAACUGUAACAAAAGUGAAUACAAAUCCUAUUGUACAGCUUAGCAAAGUUAUUUUGAAUACUGACAAUGCAAAAUCUGGUGGAAACAAGAACAAGAACAGUGACAAGAACAAAUACAGUGAGGACGAUGACGAUGAUGAUGUUGAUGAUACAACUAGUGAUUCGAGUGGGUCAUCGUCUCCUAAUAUUCGUGAUCUGAUCAAUGAAAUUGAUGAAGAUGAUGACAGUUCAGAUGGAAGUUUCAAACCAGCGGAAGAUGAAGUUGAUGACGUAAAAUUGAGUGCUAUGUCUCAACUAUUGGGCAGUGAAAGUUCUGAUGAAAGCUUCUGUGGUGGCGAUGAAGAAAAUUCAGAUGACGAGAGUGAAGAAGAGCAAGAUCCAAGUGGACUCAAUGAAGUGGAAGAAAUUCAAUGUGUACAAGAGGGGGAAAACAAGGAGGAAGGAAUGGCUAAUGCUGUGAAUGAAUCAUUUGAGGAAGAAGACUCUGAUGAUUCAGAUGGAGGCGGUGAUGCCAUGACCAUUGGACAGUUGAUACAAUGCUUGAAAGAGAAGCCAAGAGAUGAAGAUGGAGAGCAGAAUGAAGACAAGUUGUAUUGCAGUGUAUGUCUAUGUGAUGACAGCAAUGAAGAUGAUGGGGAGAUCAUGCAAUGUGACAACUGUGGUGUAACUAUUCAUGAAGCAUGUUGUGGACAAGCAAGUAAUGAUGCUGAUUCCGAAAGUGGGAAAAGCAAUGACUCUGAAUUUUCAACAGAACCAUGGUUUUGUGAUGCUUGCAGAGCAAACUGCACUCCUUCAUGUGCGUUGUGUCCAACAUCUAGUGGAGACUUCAAAGAAACAUAUGAUGGCAGAUGGGUUCACACAGUCUGUGCCUUGUAUACCCAAGAUGUUGAAUUUGGCUCAGUCGAGAAGCUAAGUCCGAUAAUAUUGUCAAAGAUUCCAGAAGCAAGAUGGGACUCUAGAUUGUGUGAUCUUUGCAAUAAGUCGGUUGGAGUUGUUAUUCGAUGUGAUGCUGGAAUGUGCAAGUCACACUUUCAUGUUACAUGUGCUCAAAAGUUUGGACUGUUGACCGAGGCUCCUGCUCAUGAGAUGGUUGCCGAUCCAUUUUAUGCCAACUGUCGACAGCAUUGUAACAAGGAUAGUGCAAGCCAAAAGAAAAAGACUUACAAAAAGGCCAUGCAAUCUACUGCAAAGUUCUUGGAAAAAAGAGAAGUUGAAGGACAGACACAAAGAGUGCUGUCAAGACUUGAACAAGCACGACGUGACUACAAACCUCCAACUCACAGUCGGACAUUAGCGCAUUUGUCUGCCACUUCUAUGUAUUAUUUGAAGCCAACUCAUGUCAAAAAGGAAGACGAAUUUAAAGAAGUCAAACCAAGCUUCACUGUGGAGUUUGUGGAGUAUUUCAACGAACGAGAGGAUUACAUCAAGAAGUCUGAGGAUGAAUGUGAUGAAUUGCAGAGAAUCAAAGACUCGUUACGUCGUGAAGAGAAGGGAUUGGAGGAAGUCAUACAAAAGCUGGAAUAUAGAUUGGAUGAGAUUAAAGAAGAAGGGCAACAAUUAUGGAAAGCUGGCAUGAAUCUUCAUGAGAUUCUUAACACUCUUGCUAAAGAGGAUCGGCCAGUUCCCUCUGUGUUGGCUAGAGGAGCAGUUAUUGACAUACCUGUUGAGUCUGAACCACCCAAGGAACGGAGAAGCAGACCAAGUCGUCCACAUAAAGAGGCUAAACAUCCAGUGGAACCAGCUCAAGAUUGUCACAGUUGCUGCGUGUGCAAAUCAAGCAACGAUCAGGAGCUAUUAAUUGAGUGUGAUCAAUGUCACAGCUGGUACCACCUGAAUUGUCUUGAUCCGCCGUUGAAGAAGAUGCCUCCAAAGUCAUCAAGAUAUGCAUGGCAUUGUCAUAAGUGUGAUAAAGAAAGUGAUUUUUUUCUUCAACCAAAUCGAGUCCAAGAUUCAUCUCAAACAAGCAGCAAACAUGGUCGAGCCAUUCGUUUGCCUGAAAAGUUUAUCCCAACUGAUGAGUUGCCAAAGAAGACACCUCCGCAACCUGGCAUUAAACGAAAGCGUGUAGCAAACGGAAAGUCAGCUGGGAGAAAAAAGGGCAGUGGUAAUCAACCUCCUGCAAAGAAAGACAAAAAGGAGCGAGAUGUGAGAACAGAAUGCUCAAAGUGUAGUAGACCUGGUGAUAACUACACUUUAGUUAGAUGUGACACGUGUCGAAAGUGCUAUCACUUCCAGUGUCUAGACCCACCUCGAAAGUCGUCUCCGAGGACAUCAGGAUAUUGCUGGUAUUGUGUCGAUUGUAUCCCAAUGAGUUGUUCGGAAGACGAAAGCUGGGAGGUUCUAGAUCGAGCUGAGAAAAUGUUUAGGAAACUGACCGAGAGAGAGGGGAGUUUAUCAGAUGUUGGUGGGGACGAUGAUGAGUAGUUAUAUAGGUAAAUGUAUGUAAGAAGCAAUAAUAUGUAUCAAUUCACUACAGUUUAACUAGA